AUGACAUGGCCUAUCCGAAAGCGCCCUUCUUCAAGAUUCUAUGAAGGGAUGCUUCCGAUGGACAAAAAGAUGGUGGAUGCUGCAAGUGGUGGCGCACUCGUCAAUAUGACACCAGAAAAUGAUAGAACUCUAAUUUCUACUAUGGCCGCAAACUCACAACAGUUCGGCUCUUCAAGUAAACCUAGCCGACGGGUUCACGAAGUAAGUACCGUUUCUUUAGAAAAUAAAAUAGAUAAAUUCACUGAUAUUGUCAAUUCUCUUGUCACAGGUAAGAUAGGAGCCGAGAAGGUUUGUGGAAUCUGCACGAUGCCAAACCACCCAACCGAUUCAUGUCCAAUGCUACAAGAUAAGACGGGCGCCCAAGUCAAUGCCAUAAAUAAUUUCCCAGGACCUCCUCAAAGGCCAUACAAUCCCUACGGUAACACUUUCAAUCCCGGUUGGAGAGACCAUCCAAAUAUGAGCUAUGGAAACAAAAACCAAAAUUACCAACCGAGACCACCUCCCUUUCCAAAUCAAUCACCACAAAAAACCUCUCUUGAGACUAUUGUUGAAAAAUUGGCCAUUUCACAAGAGAAAUUCCAAACCCAAACACAAUCUCAUCUCCAAGAAAUUGACAAACAAAUAAGCCAACUAGCCCAAAUUGUUGGUCACCUAGAGUCUCAAGGACGAUUGCCCUCUCAAACCGAAACAAAUUCGAGGGAAAAUGUGAGCGCGAUUACUUUACGAAGGGGUACCGUAAUUUCACCAGAGCUGACAAAGGAGCCCGAGAAAAUCGAGAAAGACAAAGAAGACAUUUCUUUGAAGAGUCAAGUAGAAAACUCCUCGCCUACCUCAGGUAAAGUCAUCCCUAGUCCUUCUUUUUCUACUUACGAGACUUCUCUUCCUUUUCCAAGAAAGCUUGCAAGGCGUGACAAAAAGGAAGAGGAGAAGCAAAUUUUGGAUAUAUUCAAAAAAGUGGAAAUCAAUAUUCCACUCCUUGAUGUUAUUCGGAAGGUGCCAAAAUAUGCAAAGUUUUUGAAAGACUUAUGCACAAAUCGGAGGCUGUUAUCCGACAAUGAAAGAGUUAACCUCAACGAGAAUGUUUUGGCCAUUUUUCAAAGACGCCUACCACCGAAAUACAAGGACCAAGGGAUGUUUUGCAAUUCCGUGCAAAAUAGGAAAAGUCAGAAUAAAAAGGGCGAUGUGCGAUCUAGGCGCAUCUAUUAA